GUGUGGUGGAGGGGUUCUCUACCCUUGCCACAGAGCUGAGGCUGGGAAAGCGGGCCGUCUCUUCCCAGCCGCUGCAGCCCUGGAGCUGGGAAAAGUCGCCUCUUUCUCUGGCCACCGCAGCCCUCCAUGUCCCAAACUUCCCCCACCCCCUUUUCUCACCCCACUGCCCCCUCCCACCUACCCUCUAUUCCGCACCCCCAAGGCCACCACCUCACCUUACAUGUGUGUCUCCUCCAGGGUCCAGGCACCUAAUUAGUGGAGCCAUGCCUGCGCGGCUCUACUAAUUAGAUCGGUGGCCCUUCAUUCUCUUGUGUGCGGCUGCCCAUGCACGCACCUCAGAGGGAACUAUCUGUGGACCACCUGAAUGGAGCUCACAGACCACUGGGUGGUCGACGGACCACAGUUUGAGAACCUCUGCCUUAGAACUCUAUCCUGUAAACAUGCAUAUGAGUAACUUUAUGCAUGUGAAUAGUUCAACUGAACUCAGUUAUAUUGUUGAAACUGAAAUCAUUUUAAAACUCUAAAUUACAUUUCACCAUUAAUGUUGGCUGCUUACUUUUUGCAUAUUAUUCAUCUUGAACACGAUAAUAUACUAGUUUUGCUUUAUUUUUUGGUCAGUUGCACUUUCUGGUUCUUAUAUAGUAACUGAAUGUCAUUUUGUUUCUUUUGGAGUAUUGCCUAGAAAUGUUUAACUCCAAGUAGACUAUUUACAUGGAAAUCCAAUUUUCAACAAGAUGGUGGAAACACCUACCUUAGGUUUUAUAAAACAUUUUAAACAAAAACUAGAUAUGGGGAAUUAAUCAAAAUUUUCCUUUAAAAGAAUUUGCUAAAUCAAGGUAACUACUUAUUAAAAUGAUUUUGUUUUACACAGUGUCUUCUCAGAGGUGAUAAAAUACCCAUAGGAUAAGGCUGAGAAAAUCUAAGGUAGAAGAAUACAUGUUCACUUUCAGUGAAGAAGAGCAUGUUCCCAAAUUCCUCCAACUUGGGUCGUCCACCCUUUCUUCCAAAACAUCAGCAGCACAAUAAUUUCUUCAGUGAGCUUCCUCUGAACAUACCACCCACUCUUCUCUCUCAUCAGCAAAUUGUUGAUGCUCGGUUCAACUUUCAGAAUGCAGCUCUUUCUAGAGCUCUCUUGAGUGGGAACCUUUCAACUAUUCCAGCUGUUUCACCUCAGCCAUUGACGUAUGGAAAUGGCAGCUCAGGACCUACAUCAGCUGCCCCCACAUUAUUCCGAGGCAGGAAGAGGCUAAGUGAACAAAAUGUUCCUUAUGAUGUCAAACGUCAGCGGUUUCAUUCACCUCAUUGUGAGUCAACUCUAGUUAACCAAACAGUGCCUUUACCAGAAGAACGCAGAUACUCAUUCCCAGGAUCAAUUCCUUCACCAUUGUUUCAUGCACAUUACAUACCAGAUUUAACUGGAUGUGUUCCACCCUUACGAGAUGCUCCAUUUCCAGACCCUAUAGAAACCACGCUCCCUGUGGCCAAAGAUAAGUUAAGUCAACAGGUUCUGGAGUUGUUUCAAGCAUGUCAGCAACAAACCUGCGACUUGAACAAAAAAGAGCUCUGCCGAACGGAACUCCAGAAGGAAAUUCAGCAAAUUUUUCCACAGAGCAGACUCUUCUUGGUUGGAUCCUCACUGAAUGGAUUUGGUACUCGUAGCAGUGAUGGUGACCUGUGCCUGGUGGUUAAAGAGGAGCCGGUAAAUCAGAAGACUGAAGCAAGGCAUAUACUCAGCUUAGUCCAAAAACUCUUCUGUACUAAACUUUCAAACUACAUUGAGAGACCUCAGCUGAUUCGAGCAAAAGUGCCAAUAGUGAAGUUCAGGGAUAAAGUCAGCUGUGUGGAGUUUGACUUGAAUGUAAACAAUGUUGUAGGAAUAAGAAAUACAUUCCUUCUCAGAACCUAUGCAUACAUUGAGAAUCGAGUUCGUCCAUUAGUACUGGUGGUUAAGAAGUGGGCGAGUUUUCAUGAUAUAAAUGAUGCCAGUCGUGGUACUUUAAGCAGCUAUAGUCUUGUGUUAAUGGUUUUGCACUAUUUACAAACCCUACCUGAACCCAUCCUUCCAUCCCUCCAAAAAAAUUACCCAGAAUCUUUUAGUCCUACUAUGCAGCUGCACCUUGUACAUCAAGCUCCACGCACCGUUCCUCCUUACCUCUCCAAAAAUGGAUCAACUCUUGGAGACUUAUUAGUGGGCUUCUUCAAAUAUUAUGCCACAGAAUUUGACUGGAGUCACCAAAUGAUUUCAAUUCGUGAAGCCAGAGCCAUUCCAAGACCUGAUGGUACUGAAUGGAGAAACAAAUUCAUUUGUGUAGAAGAGCCUUUUGAUGGAACAAACACAGCUAGGGCUGUACAUGAAAAGCAGAAGUUUGACAUUAUCAAGGAUGAAUUUCUUAAGUCAUGGCAGAGAUUACGAGACAAGAGAGACUUGAACUGUAUACUACCUGUAAGAGCAACUAUACAGAAAAGAUAAUUGGCUGCUGCUUCUUCUUACUGGAGUCUGCUGAAAUAUAAAGAACAAUAUCAAAACCAAGAUGCAGUUUUCCCAUAGUUUUUUAUGAAGUGUUUUCUCUUUCAAGUUUUUGUUAAGGAAAUAUUUAUAAGAAAGAUUGCAUAUUUUAUUAUGACAUUUGUUAAUAUAACCAUUCAUUCAAAGAUGGAUUUUCUAAAAAUCCUUGCACCAUUGACUUGUAUAGGAGACUAUUAUGACCCAAAUUUCAGACCACAGGACUAAAUUAAUUUUAAGGAAAGUAUCAGAGUAUAUUAAAUUGUUACCUUUAACUGUGUAAUGGUUAAUUCAACCACACUUAACACUGAAAUAAAGAAAUGAAGAGCUAAGCAAUGUAUAAAAGUCCAGCUGUUUCCUUAAAGCAUAGCACACAUUGCACGUUUCUUGAUAAAUAAGUAGGCUGUGCUUUACAACUGCUUAAAGCAGUAUGCACUUUUGCUCUACUUGGCACUUUCAAGUUUUAUUUCCCUCUUACAUGGAACAACAAUAACAAUUUUUCAACAUGAAAUUAUACUCUAGUUGUUGUUAUGCUCCAGGUCACAGGAAUUAUAAUCUAAACUGGAAUUUUUGAGCAGCAGAACUACUACAAAACAGUUGAAAUAAUCCAUGGUAAACCAAUGUAUGUAAAUGCUUAAUGUUCAUACAGAUUAGGUCAGAUAUCUAUUUUAAUGUUUCCUUUCCAUAUGCAAAGUAGUAGUGAUGGCUGCUUAAAGAAAAGCUGCUAAUAAGCCAAGUUUUUGUUUUGAUUUUGUGUAAAUAUUUGUAAAUUGGUCAGCUGCUGUAAAUUGAAAUUUAAAAAGUAAUCUUGAAAAUUUUAACUUUUCCAAAACAAAACCCAGUGAAACUUCUUUUAGACCUGCUGUAGCACAGUUUGUGCCUCUCAUGUAUUUGUUGUUGCAGACCAAUUAAUGUUAAAAUUGUUACUUCUCGAUGAUGUCAAAUUAAUAUUUUCAUUUUUUUCCUCUUGAGUUUAAUAUUUUGUAUGGUGUCCAGUGGAAUAAAGUUUAUGUACGGAAAAUACAGAUAA